CCUGUGGAGCAGAAAGGACUGACCUCCACGGCUGCCAAACUGCAAUCCUCCUAUGUUGCACAAGCACAAACUUUGAUACACACAUGGAGGAUGGAAGGAGAUACUGAUACUGAAGAUCUUUCUGGGAUUAUAAUCCCUGCUACAAUAUGAAUUGGCUCCAUGCUGUCCCCCCUCUAUCAGGACCAUGGCGGCUCGGUGGUGUGGCCCCAGACUUCAUCCUCCUCUCAGGGCCUCCACAGGCCACUACGCUGCCACCCUCCCCCAAUCAGUGGGAGCAGCGUGGGCCCCAACCCCACCUACUAUCAUGCUGUCUAUGAUGUCCGGGUGGAGCAGUACAGAGAAGUGCCCUUUAUCGGUGGAAGUGGUGGCUAUGGGGUUCACUCCGGCCGGGGAUCCAUGUCCCUGGUUACCAGCAACACCGACCCCACAGUCCCACCGGUCCGCCGGAGGGGAGGACUGGUGGACCACCGUGAUGUCAUCCUGGCCCACCAGGCACACAAGCGGCACAACACACCACAGGCCAGGAGGAAACAGUGGGAAAUGGCGCGUUUUGGAGACGAGCUACCCAACAGGUAUGGAGGAGGAGGAGGAGGAGGAGGAGGAGGUGGUGGCGGUGGUGGCGGGGGUGCCGGCGGACAAGGGGGGCCCGGCCGCGGCGGCAGCAGGCAAGGGGGGCCCCCCGGAGCGCAGCGGAUGUACAAGCAGUCGAUGGCCCAGAGAGCCCGGACCAUGGCCCUGUACAACCCCAUACCCGUCCGGCAGAGCUGCCUAACGGUCAACCGCUCCCUCUUCCUCUUCAGCGAAGACAACGUGGUGAGGAAGUACGCCAAAAAGAUCACCGAAUGGCCUCCGUUUGAAUGGAUGAUCCUCACCACCAUCAUUGCAAACUGCAUCGUCCUGGCUCUGGAACAGCAUCUUCCUGAUGGAGACAAGACGCCUCUGUCUGAACGACUGGAGGAGACGGAGCCCUACUUCAUAGCCAUCUUCUGUUUUGAGUCUGGGAUAAAGAUCCUGGCUCUGGGUUUUGCGUUACAUAAGGGCUCCUACCUGAGGAACGGCUGGAACGUCAUGGACUUCGUGGUCGUGCUCACCGGUAUUUUGUCGUCAGUGGGGUCUCAGCUUGACCUAAGGACACUACGAGCCGUCAGAGUGCUACGGCCCCUGAAACUGGUGUCUGGGAUUCCAAGCUUGCAGGUGGUGCUCAAGUCUAUUAUGAAGGCCAUGAUCCCCCUGCUGCAGAUUGGCCUGCUGUUGUUUGUGGCCAUCCUCAUGUUCGCCAUCAUUGGCCUGGAGUUCUACAUGGGAAAGUUCCACACUACCUGCUUCGACGAAGUCACACGAGAGGUAGUGGACGAAUUACCAUGUGGCACAGAGUUGCCGUCCCGGUUGUGUCCUAAUGGCACAGUGUGUAGAGGUGGCUGGCUUGGCCCCAACUACGGCAUCACCCAGUUUGACAACAUACUGUUUGCCGUGCUCACCGUCUUCCAGUGCAUCACCAUGGAGGGAUGGACAGACAUGCUCUACUAUAGUAAUGAUGUGGAGGGCAGUGCCUGGAACUGGAUGUACUACAUCCCCCUCAUCAUCAUCGGGUCCUUCUUCAUGCUCAACCUGGUGCUGGGUGUACUCUCAGGUGAAUUUGCCAAAGAGAGAGAGAGAGUGGAGAACAGGAGCGAGUUCCUCAAGCUGAGGCGACAGCAGCAGAUUGAGAGAGAGCUCAACGGAUACCUGGAGUGGAUCUGCAAAGCAGAGGAGGUGAUUUUGGCUGAGGACGACGGCACAGGGAACUUUGAUGGUUCAAGGCGAAGGCCAACCAUCAAAACCAAAAACAACAAGACAGAGCUGCUGAACCCUGAGGAAGGAGAGGACAACAUGGGAGACGCAGUAGGUUUUGCCCGCUCCAGUAUAAAGAGCGGUAAGGAGGGCUCCAAUUACAGUAAGAGGGAGCGACGACUGCGAUUCUUCAUCCGCAAGAUAGUGAAGACACAGGCUUUCUAUUGGACGGUGCUCUGCCUGGUGGGCCUCAACACCAUGUGUGUGGCUGCGGUGCAUUACAACCAGCCUGAGCUGCUCUCUGACUUCCUCUUCUAUGCAGAGUUUAUCUUCCUCGGUUUGUUCAUGUCUGAGAUGCUGAUCAAGAUGUAUGGCCUCGGCAUCCAGCCCUACUUCCACUCCUCAUUCAACUGCUUCGACUGUGUGGUAAUUGUGGGCAGUAUCUUCGAGGUGGUGUGGGCCACCAUAAAACCAGGCACAUCCUUUGGGAUCAGUGUGUUACGAGCUCUGCGACUGCUCCGCAUCUUCAAAGUCACCAAGUACUGGGCUCCUCUUCGAAACCUGGUGGUUUCUUUGCUAAACUCCAUGAAGUCCAUCGUCAGUUUGCUCUUCCUCCUCUUCCUCUUCAUUGUGGUCUUUGCCUUGUUGGGGAUGCAGCUGUUUGGAGGACAAUUCAACUUUGAAGGCGGAACCCCACCUACUAAUUUUGACACUUUUGCAGCAGCGAUCAUGACAGUGUUUCAGAUCCUGACAGGAGAGGACUGGAACAUGGUGAUGUACGAUGGCAUUGAGUCCCAGGGAGGAGUGAACGACAAAGGAAUGAUCUUCUCCAUCUUCUUCAUCGUCCUCACACUCUUUGGCAACUACACUCUGCUUAACGUCUUCUUGGCCAUCGCUGUCGACAAUCUGGCCAACGCCCAGGAGCUCACCAAGGAUGAGGAGGAACAGGAGGAAGCAGCCAAUCAGAAGACAGCAAUGCAGAAGGCUAAGGAAGUGGCAGAGGUCAGCCCACUGUCAGCAGCCAACCUGUCUAUUGCUGCCCUUUCAGAUGAACAUCUCUGUAAGGAGCAGCAGAAGAACCACAUCAAGGGCAACAAGUCAGUGUGGGAGCAGAGAACGAGCGAGAUCCGCCGACAGAACCUGAUGACGAGCCGCGAGGCGCUCUACAACGAGCUGGAGCAGGAAGACUGGAAGGUGGGAGGGGAGGGAGAGGAGGUGUCCUACCCACGGAAAGGACGUGGUGAUAUGAAGACCCACCUGGACCGGCCGCUGGUGGUCAACCCGCAGGACAACCGCAACAACAACACCAACAAGACCCAACCUGGUGAGCUGCCUCUGGACCAGGAGUACCGGCACCAGGACAUCAAUCACCACCGCCGAGAUGCCCACUACUAUCACCACCACCACCAUCAGAAAGCCAUUGGGCCGGACAGUGGAAAGACAGGCCAGCCGGAGGAGACCCGUCUGGAACGCGGCUUCAGCUGCACAUCUCUGGGCAACGUGGAGGGCCAGCAGGGGGAGGAGAGGCACAGCCACAGGAGCCACCGGGGCCACCGGCACAGGAACAGGGAAGGCAGGGAGGCUUGCAGCGUAUCUCCCCACCAGAGCGAGGGGGGAGAGGGGAACAACGAACACAGGAGGUCCAGGCAGCACCGCAGGGCAGCCAGGGAGGGGGAGGAAGGCAGGAGACACAGAUCCAGGGGGACGGAGGGAGAGGGGGAGAAAGGCGAGGAAGGGGAGGGACGGAAGACGAGACGGCAUCGCCACGGAAACCAGGAGAGGAACAGAGGACAUCGCACCAGAAAGGAGCACCACAGCACUUGUCCCAGCCUCUCCACCACACGACCCAUACAGCAGUACAACGAGGACCUGGACAACUUCCGCAACAACAGCAAGCUGGCCACUGCCUAUGAGCACCCUUACACCCUCCCGCCGGAUCACCCUGACCAUCCUGACCACGUCAACAACCUGCUGAACUGCCGUGACGCCGACACCCACACCCUGCUCCACAGCAUGGACAGCCUGAUCCUGACCAGCAUGGCCAAACCAGAGUACACAAAGAUAGACAUGCCACCUGUCUACCCCUACCCCUCCACCAAUGCCAUCCUGCAAGUGAACAAGAACGCCAACACCGACCAGAAGAAGAGCGAGGAGAAGAAGGAGGAGGAGGACGAGGAAGGAGAUGAAGACGGCCCCAAACCCAUGCCUCCCUACAGUUCCUGCUUCAUUAUGUCCACCACCAACCCGUUUCGGAAGUGCUGUCACUACAUCCUGACUCUGAAGUAUUUUGAGUUCAGCAUCCUGUCUGUCAUCGCUAUGAGCAGUAUCGCCCUCGCUGCAGAGGACCCUGUCUGCCCUGACUCACCACGAAACAAUGUGCUGCGUUAUUUUGACUACGUUUUCACAGGCGUCUUCACGUUUGAAAUGUUGAUCAAGAUGGUGGUGCUGGGCUUGUUUCUCCACCAGGGCUCCUACUUCCGCGACUUGUGGAACAUUCUGGACUUUAUAGUGGUUAGUGGUGCUCUGGUGGCCUUCGCCUUCACGCCGAGCACCACCCGGGGUAGCAGCAAGGGCAAAGACAUCAGUACAAUCAAGUCCCUCCGUGUGCUGAGGGUGCUGCGUCCUCUGAAGACCAUCAAACGACUCCCCAAGUUAAAGGCUGUGUUUGACUGUGUGGUCAACUCUCUGAAGAAUGUGCUGAACAUCUUGAUUGUCUACAUGCUCUUCAUGUUCAUCUUCGCUGUGGUGGCCGUGCAGCUCUUCAAGGGCAGAUUCUUCUACUGCACCGACGAAUCCAAAGAGUUUGAGCGCGACUGCAGGGGCGAGUACUUGGUAUAUGAUAGAGAUGAGGUUAAAGCUCAGAAGCGGGAGUGGAAGAAGUACGAUUUCCACUACGACAACGUGGCUUGGGCCCUGCUCACCCUCUUCACUGUCUCCACUGGAGAGGGGUGGCCGCAGGUGUUAAAGCACUCAGUGGACUCCACCUAUGAGAAUCAGGGCCCUAGCCCAGGUUACAGGAUGGAAAUGUCCAUCUUUUACGUGGUGUACUUCGUUGUCUUCCCCUUCUUCUUCGUAAACAUCUUUGUGGCUCUCAUCAUCAUCACCUUCCAGGAACAGGGGGAUAAGAUGAUGGAGGACUAUAGCUUAGAAAAGAAUGAGAGAGCAUGUAUAGAUUUCGCCAUCAACGCCAGGCCUCUGACUCGCCACAUGCCGAAGAAUAAACUGAGCUUCCAGUAUCGCAUGUGGCAGUUUGUGGUGUCUCCGCCCUUCGAGUACAGCAUCAUGGCUCUGAUUGCGCUCAACACCAUCGUGCUUAUGAUGAAGUUUGACGGUGCAUCACUAACUUAUGAUAAUGUCCUGAAGAACCUCAACAUCGUGUUUACCACCUUCUUCUUCAUGGAAUCAGUCCUCAAGAUCAUUGCUUUCGGCCCUCUGAAUUACUUCAGAGAUGCCUGGAACAUUUUUGAUUUUGUCUCCGUCCUUGGAAGCAUCACUGACAUAUUAGUGACAGAACUAGGGAAUCUGAAUAACUUCAUCAACUUGAGCUUCCUGAGGCUGUUCAGAGCAGCUCGCCUCAUCAAGCUACUGAGACAGGGAGAGACCAUCCGCAUCCUGCUCUGGACCUUCGUCCAGUCUUUCAAGGCUCUGCCAUAUGUGUGCCUGCUCAUUGCCAUGCUCUUUUUCAUCUACGCCAUCAUCGGCAUGCAGUUGUUUGGGAAUGUGGCACUAGAUGAGGAGGAAGGGAGUGCCAUCAAUGAGCACAAUAACUUCAGAACCUUUAUCAUGGCCCUGAUGCUGUUGUUCAGGAGCGCUACAGGCGAGGCGUGGCAUGAGAUCAUGUUGGCUUGCCUGGGUGGCAAAAAAUGCGACCCGGCCUCAGGGAACACAGAACCUGAAUGUGGCAGUACCUUUGCCUACACUUACUUUGUCUCCUUCAUCUUCCUCUGCUCUUUCCUGAUGCUGAAUCUGUUUGUGGCCGUCAUCAUGGACAACUUUGAGUACCUGACCAGAGACUCCUCUAUCCUGGGGCCACAUCACCUGGACGAGUAUGUAAGGAUAUGGGCCGAGUACGACCCUGCCGCCUGCGGGCGCAUACAUUAUAAGGAUAUGUACAGUUUAUUGCGAGUUAUCUCCCCUCCCCUGGGCCUUGGCAAGAAAUGCCCACAUAGGGUGGCCUGCAAGAGGCUGCUGCGCAUGGAUCUGCCGGUUGCUGAUGACAACACGGUGCAUUUUAACUCCACCCUCAUGGCUCUGAUCAGGACAGCACUGGAUAUAAAGAUUGCCAAGGGUGGUGCAGACAAGCACCAGAUGGAUGCAGAGCUGAGAAAGGAGAUGAUGGCUAUUUGGCCCAACUUAUCACAGAAGACACUGGACCUGCUGGUUACACCACACAAGGCAGCCACAGACUUGACGGUGGGCAAAAUCUACGCCGCCAUGAUGAUCAUGGAAUACUACCGGCAGAGCAAGAUGAAAAAGCUGCAGGCCCUGCAAGAGGAACAGAACCGAACGCCAUUAAUGUUUCAGCGCAUGGAGCCGCCCUCUGAGGGAGGGGGCACGGAUGGCCAGGGGGGCCAAGGCCUGAACGGCCUCCCCAGCACCCAGCCGGACAACCUCAACAGCAUACCUCCUGAGGGUGGCAUGACUGAGAGCCAGUCGUGGGUGACGGCCAAAGCCCAGGAAAUGUUCCAAAAGACGGGUAACUGGAGCCCCGACAGACCCUACCCCGAUGAUCUCCACGACAACCGUCACAACCCGCAGACGGUAGAGAUGAGGGAGAUGGGGCGGGACGGGUACUCCGACACUGAGCCCUAUCACCCAAUGGAUGGGCAUGGGCGGACCCUCUCCAUGCCCCGCCUCUCGGCAGACAACCAAAGAGCUCAUGCUGUUUCGCGGAGGAGACACAGGCCUCGCGGAAAUAACCUCAGUACCAUCACUGACACCAGUCCGAUGCGUCGCUCCACCUCCAGCUUGGUCCAUGGGCGUACAGGCCGGGGCGUGAGGUUGGACGAUUACUCCCUGGAGAGGGUGGUGUCUGAGGAGGGGAGACACGGAGGAGGACGCAGACACAGGGACAGGAGUCACCGUGCCUCACAGCGCUCCCUGACCAGAUACACCGACGCAGACACGGGCCUGGGUACAGACCUCAGCACCACCACGCAGUCGGGCGACCUUCCACCCAAGGAGCGCGAGCGGGACCGCGGCCGUACCAAGGACCGUCGUCACCACCAUCACCACCAUCACCAUCACAGCUCCAUGGACAAGGAGCACUACGGCCCUGACCGCCACGACUACCCCCACAGGCAUCCUCACGACCGCCACUGGUCCCGCUCACCCAGCGAGGGGCCUGAUGGACGAGGACACAGACAGGGCAGUAGUUCGGUGAGCGGCAGCCCGGUCCCUUCCACCUCGGGGACCAGCACUCCGCGGAGAGGCCGUCGGCAGCUGCCCCAGACCCCUGCUGUCCCCCGUCCACAUGUCACCUACUCCCCCGCUGUCCGCAAGCCCAGCUACGGUCCCCCAGGGCCGGGCCGACUGCGCUCCCCCUCCCCCCGACACUUCUCCCCACCAGACCACGACAGAGGCUACCACCACCGACCCCCGUCACGCCAUGUUUCUCCCCACCACGGGGGCUCCUCGUCCCGGCACGGUUCACCACGCUCCCCUAGGCACCAGUCCCCACGCUCGCCCCUCCACGGCUCACCUAGGUCCCCUCACCGAGGCCGCUGGAGCGGGCCUCCGCCUGGGGACAGCCUGGAGGGCGACGGGCCCUUCUAUGAGCGUGACUACGAGUAUGAGCGCCACCAUGAGCCCCCUGCCUACGAGCAAAGCCUCUCCCAUGGCAACCCACACCCACAUGGGGGAAAUCCUCACCCACACCCACGCUCACCUAGGACUGCCCGCCAAGGGCCCCCUCCGCCCCCUCACCCGCAUCCACGUAGGGUGCCCAAUGGCUACCGCUCAUCCUCACCUUCCCCACAUCGGCGGGGGCCACCUGGGGCGCCCCCCCACCCGCACCACCGUCCCCCCCAUGCCCGAGGGCCCCGCAAAGGCCUGCAUGAACCUUAUAGUGAGACGGACGAGGAUGACUGGUGCUAGCAACCACAGGGAGCGAGGGAUAAGGGCAGGAGAGGAGAAGAAGAAUAGCAGCCUCCGGUGCUCUGGCCUUGGAUAUGUAGACUUUUAAUAAAGCAGAGGUGGUGAAAAUGUUGGGGGCACGGGGUUGAACGCCUUCCAAACCCUCUACUUUCACCCCUCGGACUCUAAAUGAGAGGAAAGGGCAAAGGUGAGGGGGGUGAGGGUGCUGCAAAUAGCCUUUUACAGAUUUUGUGUAAGACUCAAAUCAGUGACAGAGCAGCACAUGGAUAAAAUGAAAAAAGAGACAGCCAAGACAACUAGGGCAGGGCCUGGGCACAGUUUACCUCUGCCUCUCUCAGUCUCAGAACUACACUUCCCAGAAUUCUAUGCUUGACCAGCAAGGCCAGGCUGCAGGAGGAAGAGAGAGGUGUGGGAACAGAAAAGCGAGGGAGGAGCAUGUAAAAUGGCCAGGGAUGACCGUAGUUUACGAGGCCUAAAAGCACUUCUCCCAGACUGUCACGUGAUUGGUUAGUUUCGUCAGAUGUGUGCCUGUCGCUGGCCAGUCUGCUAAUGUAAAAGCCUGAAAAUGAGCUGGAACACAGAGUCCCCUGCUUUGACUCUGCUCCUCAAACAGAUAUGUUUAAAGAAAAAUAAAUUAACAAAAAGCCAGGACCCCCUAACCCUUACAUGCCAAGCUAUGCCUCCAGAAAAUCAAACUUGAACAAUGAAGAACAAAAUGAAACUUUACAUGACAAACAAUGAAAAGAAAAAAAGGGAGAACAACCACUUUAUCGUUAACCUUUUUCCUUUCCAAGGGACAGAACCAGGAAGCUCCGCCUAUACUGCAAAAACCAGCCAAUCACAGCGCUGGCUGAUAUUUGAUGAGUUUUAUCAUCUCUGUUUACUGUUAAAGACUCCCUUAAUGCUGACGGAACUGGUGUGACAUCACUUCCUGUCCGGCAGUGGUGGCGGGGGC